AUGUCUGCAUCACUGUCCCCCACGUCAUCGCCCUUCACCAAGGCCGUGCUACCCCGAAUCCCUCGCCGACAAAGCUGGGAUAACACCGGCCUCCUCCUCGAAGCCCCCUUCAACCCAACCCGCCGCCAAAACAACUCCGUCCUGCUAGCCAUAGACCUCACGAAAGCCGUCGCAGAGGAAGCCAUCGCGCGCAAAGACUCCGCAAUUGUCGCCUACCACCCGAUCAUCUUCCGUGGUCUCAAAUCCCUCACCUUCACCGACCCCCAACAACAAUCCCUCCUCCGCCUCGCCCAGGAAGGCGUCAGCGUCUACUCCCCGCACACAGCCGUCGACGCCACGCCCGGCGGAAUGGCCGACUGGCUCUGCGACAUCGUAACCGGCUCGAUCACCCCCUCGUCCACUACCACCAACACACCAACCCAAUCCUCUUCGAGGAUCUACUCCGCCCCAUCCUACCCAACCCCGCACGCCGUAACCCCCGCCGACGCGAGCUCAGUCCCACCCCACACCAGAACAACCAUCCACCCCUCUGCGCCCCCUCUGCCCGAGAACAUGGAACAGCCGGAAUGGGCCGUCUCAAUUGCACAGGGUGUCGGAUACCCCGGUGGUAUCCCCAUUGCGGUUCCGCAGGGGGCGUCGGUGGAUGAGAUCUCGAUUCGCACGGUGGGCGUUUGUCCCGGGUCCGGGUCGAGUGUGCUGAUGAAGGGGGGCAAUGUUCCUGAUUUGCUGUUUACGGGCGAGAUGAGCCAUCAUGAGGCGUUGGCGGCGAUUGAGCGCGGGAAGGUGGUUGUUGCGCUUGCGCAUUCAAAUACGGAGAGGGGGUAUUUGAGGGCGGUUAUGAGGGAGAAGUUGGAGGGCGUGCUUAAGGGGGAGUGGGAGGCUCAGCGCGCGGAGGCGUUGAAGACGUUGGAAGGUGGUGAGGAGGGUUUGGCGGAGGUUUUGAAGGAUGGGGCGUGUGAGGUGCAUGUUAGUGAGCAGGAUCGGGAUCCUUAUGGGAUCAUGGUUAGGAGGGUUUAG